AUGGCCGAAGACCUUUUGAAUACGAUCAAGAGUCUGGGAACUAUCGGAGAUCCAAGUGCGCAUGAAGUCAAGUUGGAUGAAAUCACGUCCCACCAGUACCUGCUUGGUGAAGUAGGGGCCCAUCUUACCGCUGCACAAAAAAAGUUUGUUUUGCUUCGUUUGAACUAUCAUGGGUUAGACGCCUUAAAUGAUUUACCUGCGGAUGCGGUUUUCAUUAUCGAUAAAGUUGAUUCGCUUUCCAUUGAUGAGGCAGUUAAGAUUCUCAAGCAAGCCGUCAAAGACCAUGACGAUGAUUACAAUAUUGUCACCAAGGAUAUGGAACUUUGGGAGCGUCUUAUCUCACAUGAGCAUAGCAGUGAUGUCCCUCUGCUUGAUCUGGAUGCUGAAAAAUCUAAAGGAGAUGUUUACGUUUCAGAGAAUCUACAUGGAGACAUCUUACUGGAGGAUGAAGAAAAUUUUGACUACACGAAGAUUAUCGACUGGAAUUUUCAGGCUCGCUUAGAAGCCACAAUCAUUGCCUUUUGGUCACCUUACGUGGAGGUGCGGUCUGUUACGGAUCCAUUUGAUGACCCCUCUCUUCCUGCCGAGACUUUGAGAGUAUACAUUAUCGGUACAAUCUGGACAGGUCUCGGCGCUGUGAUCAACACCUUUUUUAACGAUCGGCAGCCCAGUAUUGGAUUGGGCACUUCAGUUGUGCAAGUAUUGUUGUAUCCAUGCGGAUUACUUGCGGCUGCAAUUUUACCAAAAUGGAACAUUGGUUUUGGGAAGUACAAAAUGUCGUUGAACCCUGGACCAUGGAACUACAAGGAGCAAUUGCUUUGCACAUUGUUUUACUCAGUAUCGUCGGGUACUCCUUACGUAUUUUACACCAUUCAAGUUCAGAGAAUGCCUGCGUUUUAUGGUCAGACUUGGGUAACAUUUGGCUACGAAGUGUUGAUUAUGUUACUGUCUCAAUUCAUGGGUUUUGGUUUUGCUGGUUUGUUGCGCAAAUUUGUUGUCUUCCCUGUUCAGUGUAUGUGGCCCACUCAAUUGCCCACUUUGGCCUUAAAUAAGACUCUUAUGAAACCUGCCAAAAAGGAGCGUAUCAACGGUUGGACAAUCUCAGCAUACAAGUUUUUCUUCAUUUGUUUUGUUGCGAGUUUCCUUUACUUUUGGGUACCUAACUACUUGAUGCCGUUUUUAUCCACGUUUAACUGGAUAUCUUGGAUCAAACCCACUGAUAUUGAUCUUGUUAACAUCACAGGGUCCAACAAUGGGCUUGGAUUGAAUCCAAUUACUAGUUUCGAUUGGAAUGUUAUCAAUAUGGGAAACCCUCUUCUGUCUCCGCUCCUUACGUCGGUAACUAAUUACAUCGGCGCGUUCUUGAGUUUCUUCAUUAUUGUUGGUAUAUACUACUCCAACUACAAAUGGACUGCUUACAUACCCAUCAACAGUAACCGGUUGUGGACCAACAAGGGGAAAAUGUUCAAAGUGACUUCUGUGCUUAACAAGCAACUGUUGUUUGAUAAUGACAAGUACUUAGAAGUGGGACCCCCUUUCUACUCUGCUGCCAAUCUUUUCACAUAUGGUGUUUUCUUUGCAAUUUAUUUGUUUCUGGUAGUGUACGAAUUUGGUUCCAAGUGGCGACAAAUAUGGCACUCCUUGAAGUUAUUCUACAAACUGCUUCGCAACUGGCGGACGUCACUGGUAUUUGAUGGUUUUGAUGAUCCAUUCACGAAUAGAAUGAAGCGGUACAAGGAGGUUCCUGAGUGGGCAUUCACAAUAAUCUUGGUAAUCUCCACCGUUUUGUCAAUCAUUUGUGUCCAAAUCUAUCCGGCUCGAACUCCCGUAUGGACCAUCUUUUUUGCGUUAGCACUCAAUUUGGUAUUUUUGGUCCCAUUAACUAUCUUGGUGGCUGUGACGGGAUCUACUUUUGCUCUUAACGUUUUGAUCGAACUUAUCAUUGGAUAUGCACUUCCCGGUAAUGGCUUGGCCCUCAUGUAUGUGAAAGCAAUUGGCACGAACAUUGAUAGUCAAGCCCAAACCUACAUUUCUGAUCAGAAGCUUACUCACUAUGCUCUGAUUCCGCCUCGGGCAUUAUUCCGGUGUCAAUUACUUUCAACGUUUAUUUGCUGCUUCAUAUCUCUUGGGAUGAUGGAAUAUUUGAUGACUGGAAUCCCAGACUAUUGUGAACCCGAUAACAAACAAAAGUUCACUUGCCCUGGCAGUGGCACGUAUUACCUGGCGCUGGUAAUUUGGGGUGUUAUUGGUCCUCAAAAGUCGUUCAAGUUGUAUCCUAUAUUCAAGUGGUGUUUCCUUAUUGGUGCCUGUGUUGGCGCCUUAUGCCUUGCUUUUAAGUUGUACGGGCCCAGAAGAAUUACCAGAAAGUUCCAGCCAACAGUUCUCCUCAUGGGCAUGAUGAUCUGGGCUCCUUAUAACUUGUCAUACUACACGAUGGGCUUAUACUUUUCGCUUAUCUUCAUGGGGUACAUUCGGAGUCGUAUGAAUGCGUGGUGGGCUAAAUAUAAUUACAUUUUGCUGGCCGGGUUGACAGCCGGUGUGGCAUUCCUGUCAAUCAUCAUUUACUUUGCUGUAUAUUACCACGACAAACUGAUUGACUGGUGGGGCAGCGAAGUGCUGUACUUCGGGUAUGAGGGAAAGCAAGGCGCCUUGUUGAAUGCCACCUUACAGGCUCCGGAUGGUUAUUUUGGUCCUCGUAAGGGCAAUUUCCCAACCUGA